UGCUGUCUGAGCCGCGUUCAGGACUGUUUGCUCUUUCUGGAAAGUUUAUGCAAAAUAAACAUGCCUAUAGGACAUUUAGAAUUAGUAUCGUGUAUGUUCUAUUCAUUGUGUUUAUUGCAACUCGAGGAAGUUUUUCCAACUGAACGUGGCCACCGGUGGGUAACGUUAUCACAUCAGUUGCUGUACAACCCGGACAUUAUUUUGUAGACACCCGUAUUUGUUCUAGAGCGGAAGUGGCACCAGAUCCUCGAGACCACGGGGACCGCUGAGAAACAUUUAGGAAAAUAUUUGUGUAGUAGGGACUUGUAUUUCCAUCAGCGAAGAUGUCUCGGGGUUCAAUUGAAAUCCCCUUACGGGACACAGAUGAGGUUAUUGAGCUUGAUUUUGACCAGCUGCCAGAAGGAGAUGAGGUCAUCAGUAUCCUGAAACAGGAGCAUACACAGUUGCAUAUAUGGAUUGCUCUUGCUCUGGAGUAUUACAAACAGACAAAGACAGAGGACUUUGUCAAGUUGCUAGAGGCAGCCCGUAUCGAUGGAAACCUGGACUACAGGGACCAUGAGAAGGACCAGAUGACCUGUCUGGACACCCUGGCAGCCUAUUAUGUCCAGCAGGCACGCAAAGAGAAGAACAAAGAUGCCAAGAAGGAGCUCAUCACCCAAGCCACCCUGCUCUACACCAUGGCAGACAAGAUCAUCAUGUACGACCAGAACCACUUGUUGGGAAGAGCAUGUUUCUGCCUGCUGGAGGGGGAUAAAAUGGACCAGGCCGAUGCUCAGUUCCACUUUGUAUUGAACCAGUCUACCAAUAACAUCCCUGCUCUUCUUGGUAAGGCUUGCAUCUCCUUUAAUAAGAAGGAUUACAGGGGAGCGUUGGCCUACUACAAGAAAGCUUUACGCACAAACCCUGGAUGCCCUGCUGAGGUGAGACUGGGGAUGGGCCAUUGUUUUGUUAAGCUGAAUAAGCUGGAGAAGGCUCGUCUUGCUUUUGGCCGGGCCCUGGAGCUCAACUCCAAAUGUGUGGGAGCCCUUGUGGGCUUGGCUGUGUUGGAGUUAAACAGCAAGGAGCCUGACUCCAUCAAGAACGGAGUGCAGCUCCUCUCCAGAGCAUACACCAUUGACCCCAGCAACCCCAUGGUGCUCAACCAUCUUGCUAACCACUUUUUCUUCAAAAAGGACUACAGUAAAGUGCAGCACUUGGCUCUACAUGCCUUUCACAACACAGAGGUGGAAGCAAUGCAGGCUGAGAGCUGCUACCAGUUGGCCCGCUCCUUUCAUGUUCAGGAGGACUAUGACCAGGCCUUCCAAUACUACUACCAAGCCACCCAGUUUGCCUCGUCUACGUUUGUGUUGCCUUUUUUCGGGCUGGGUCAGAUGUAUGUGUACCGGAGAGACAAGGAGAAUGCAGCUCAGUGCUUUGAGAAGGUCCUUAAGGCCUACCCCAACAACUAUGAAACCAUGAAGAUCCUUGGCUCUCUCUAUGCUACUUCAGAUGACCAGGAAAAGAGAGACAUCGCCAAAGGCCACCUGAAAAAAGUGACGGAGCAGUACCCUGAUGAUGUGGAGGCCUGGAUCGAGCUGGCCCAGAUCCUGGAGCAGACUGACAUCCAGGGUGCCCUCUCUGCCUACGGCACGGCAACCCGCAUCCUUCAGGAGAAGGUCCAGGCCGACGUCCCACCUGAGAUCCUCAAUAACCUGGGGGCUCUCCACUUCAGACUGGGGAACCUGGGAGAGGCCAAGAAAUACUUCCUGGCCUCUUUGGAGAGAGCUAAAGCUGAGGGUGAGCAUGACGAGCAUUACUACAACGCCAUCUCCGUCACCACCUCCUACAACCUGGCCCGACUCUACGAGGCCAUGUGUGAGUUCCAUGAGGCCGAGAAACUCUACAAGAACAUCCUGAGGGAACAUCCCAACUACGUCGACUGUUACCUGCGUCUUGGGGCAAUGGCACGCGAUAAAGGCAACUUCUAUGAAGCUUCCGAUUGGUUCAAAGAGGCUCUGCAGAUUAAUCAGGACCACCCAGACGCCUGGUCCCUGAUUGGGAACCUCCACUUGGCCAAACAGGAGUGGGGUCCGGGUCAGAAGAAGUUUGAGCGUAUCCUGAAGCAGCCGUCCACUCAGAAUGACACGUAUUCCAUGUUGGCCCUGGGCAAUGUGUGGCUACAGACCCUUCACCAGCCCACCAGGGACCGCGAGAAGGAAAAGAGGCAUCAAGACCGAGCGCUGGCCAUUUACAAACAGGUCCUCCGAAACGACUCGAAGAACCUCUACGCUGCCAACGGCAUAGGUGCUGUACUGGCCCAUAAGGGCUAUUACCGUGAGGCCCGUGAUGUGUUCGCCCAGGUGAGGGAGGCCACAGCUGACAUCAGCGACGUCUGGCUCAACCUGGCCCACAUUUACGUGGAGCAGAAACAGUACAUCAGUGCUGUUCAGAUGUACGAGAACUGUCUGAAGAAAUUCUACAAGCACCAGAACACAGAGGUUCUGCUGUACCUGGCUCGGGCCCUCUUCAAAUGCGGGAAACUGCAGGACUGCAAACAGACUCUUCUGAAGGCGCGCCACGUGGCCCCCAGUGACACAGUGCUGAUGUUCAACGUGGCCUUGGUACUGCAGAGGCUGGCCACUCUGGUGCUGAAGGACGAGAAGAGCAACCUUAAGGCUGUCCUCAGUGCAGUCAAAGAGCUGGAGCUGGCCCACCGUUAUUUUAGCUACCUCAGCAAGGCAGGGGACAAGAUGAGGUUCGACCUGGCGCUUGCCUCUACUGAGGCCAGGCAAUGCUCUGACCUGCUCAGUCAGGCCCAAUAUCAUGUGGCUCGUGCCCGGAAGCAGGACGAGGAGGAGAAGGAGCUCCGGGCCAAGCAGGAUCAGGAGAGGGACUUCCUGCGUCAACAGAUGCAGAAAGAACAGGAGGAGAAGAGAACCAAGCAGGAAGAGGAUCAGAAGAAGCUGCUGGAGCAGAGAGCCAUGUAUGUGGAGAAGACCAAGAAUCUGCUGUCCUUCGCCGACGGAAUGAAGGAGGAAAGGAAAGAGAAGAAGAAAGGAGGCGGCCGGCGCAAGAAGGGGGGUGACUUUGAUGAGUUUGUUAAUGACGGGUCUGAUGAGGAUCUGCCAGUGAGGCGGAAGAAGAAGCGAAAGGCUGGAAGCGGAAGUGAGGAGGAGGGCGAGGAUGGAGAAAAGAAGUCCCGCAAGAAGAGGAGGAGACCCACCAAACGGGGAGGCGAUGGCAGUGAUGAGGAGGAGGGUGGCUCCCGGGGCAAAAAGCAACGCAAACCCCGAAUGGGUGGCAAGAAGAUCCAACGGGCCGAGCCUGUGCCACCUUCUCUCAAAGGCAAGAUCAAGUCGAAAGCCAUUAUCUCAUCUUCCGACUCCUCAUCAGACGAGGAUGGACUGAAAAUCGCUGAAGACCGAAACCCCAGAGACAGUGGUUCUGGCUCUGAUGACGAGGGUGGUCAUAAGAAACGCAUCGCUUCGGACAGUGAGUCUGAUGGGGGAAGGAAACGCUCUGGCAGCGAGGCCGGAAGCCUCCAUCGAUCUGGGAACUCCGGUAGCGACUCUGGCAGCGACCCAGGCAGCGACCGUCCCGUAAAGAGGAGGAGAGUGCAGCAGCAGUCUGACUCAGAGCAGUCUGAUAACGAGAGCAAGAGGAGCCGCUCUGGGUCGGAGGACGAGUCCCGACCAGGCUCAGCGGUCGCCGCUUCUGGCUCUGAAGCGGGCUCUCCGGCAGGCUCCCCCGUGGGUUCCCCACGACACUCUGAUAAUGGAUCAGAACCUGAUGGUUCUGCAAAUGAGGCCUCCAACCAUGGCUCUGGCUCUGACAGCGACUGAGGCUUCAAACACUUAAGACUUUUUUCCUACUGCAAGAAAAAGUUACUUUGACUUAGAUUUUUUUGUAGAGGCUCUGAAAUGUAGUUUCUUUGGUUCGGUCUUUGUUUGUCCCCUGACAUGAGCACAUACAGUACAGCUUUGUAGCUCAUAAUGUGGGUUGUCUUAAUAGCUUUUGUUCAUCAGACUGUUAAAGACGUGUAUUAUGCUGUACCUCAUGUCCUUUUUGUUGAUGAUGGAUGGAACAUUUAACUAUUAAGUCAUGUCUGACAGCUGUAAUCUUGUUUUUUAUCUUAAAAUGAUUGGAUGAGGUGAUUGGACAGACUAGUUAAUUACACCAGAGAUGGUGUAACGGAAUAUGUAGAUAAUAAACAUAUUAAAUACAGUU